AUGCCUCGUAUGUAUAUUGUCAAUUUGAAUUCUCGGGUUUCAGAAAAGGAGGUUGAGAUUGAAUUUCGUAACUUCGGAAGUAUCAAAAUGAUAUGGGUUGCAAGGAGACCACCAGAUUAUGCUUUUAUUGAUUUUGUCCACAUUAGAGAUGCAGAGAAUGCCAUUAGAGAGUUAGACGACAAGAAUGAUUGGAGAGUUGAGUUCUCGCACGACUCUAGACAUGUUGUGGGGCAAUUAUGCACUAAUGGUAAUAAUUAUGUGAUCACAAAGCCUCGAGCAAGUGGUAAGAUCGUGUCUUAUGUUACUAAUGCUAAUGGCGAGGCUUUUUCAGUGUUCGAGAGAGGGUCAGUUCGUAUCACUCCUACUUUAGAACUUCAUAAUGUUCUAUUUGAUCUUCUCACUAGGGAGAUAUGCGGUCGAGGAGAUUUGAGGGACAAAUUGUUUCACCUGGAUCAGACAUAUGCAUGA